AUGUUCUUCUUUCUUUAUAUUAUAUCUAAACUUAACACCGAAACGACUAUCGUGGUAACAAGUUCAUUUGAACUUCAGAAAUCAGAUUUAAUGGAUCUGUCUCCAGAGGAAUUAAUUGAAAUUAAUCAGCUUUUUGAAAAGAAGUUCUGCUACACUUCAAGAGGCGAUGAAGAAUGGCCAUGGCCAAGUCUUGCUACUUCACCCCAUGAACAAGAUUGGCAUCAUGAGGCAAUGUCUCAGCUGAGAGACCAGCUGAAUAUAUGCAAAGACAUUGUUUCUGUUGAUGACCCUCACCUGUUUACAGUCCACCUAUGUGAGGCCCCAGGGGCUUUUAUUACCUCUUUCAAUCAUUAUUUAUCAAACAAAGCAUUUACUGGUAAAUGGGGCUGGAUUGGUACAACAUUGAAUCCCUAUUAUGAGGGAAAUGAUUUAGCCAAGAUGAUUGUUGAUGACCGGCUCAUUCGAAAGACUUUGUCAAACUGGUUUUUUGGAGAUGGAACUGGAAAUAUAAUGAACAAGAAUAAUUUUAUGCAAUUGCUGGAACUUGUUGAAACCAAGGAAUCUGUGAAAUUGGUGAAUAAACUCUUUUCUUUCUUUUAUUAA